AUGGACGGGGAGUGGCCGCAAUACAACAGUGUUGUGCACAAUGAUCUUGACCCGUUCAUGACAAGUGAACAUAGCCACCUAUUGCAGCACGACCAUGGUGAUGAGACAUAUGGUCUACUUGGAGCCACUGCCAACGUGGGAAUGAUUGAUAAUACCAAUGUUGUUGCUGGAAACCAAGGAAACAACAAUGUAAAAACCUACAGUGAGCAGAGGAUGGAGACAAGGCGUACCAACUAUCACCGUCUCCGCAGAGAACAGAUCCAAGAACUUGAAGCGUAUUAUAAUUACUCAAUCAUUGUUUCUUACCUAUCGAAGAUGAUUGUCUUCCGGGAAAUCCCUUAUCCUGAUGAGAAACUCCGGAAGAGCCUUAGUGAGAGGCUCGGCAUGAAUGCCCAACAGGUCAAGUUCUGGUUCCAAAACCAUCGCAGCAACAGUAAGGGCAAGACGCAAAGGCGGGAGACCACCACUCUUAAGUUAGAGAACCAGAUGCUAAAAUCUGACAGGCAAGCCAUCAUGUCGGCUAUGGAAAAUAGCACUUGCCUCAAAUGCAGAGGGGCCGUGGUUCAAACUCAGGACACCUCAGAGCGCCAACGCUUGUUCAAGGAGAAUAUGAAGCUCCAGGAGGAACUUAGGCUUGCCGCCACCCAUCUUAAAGAGGGUCUCCAACAAAAUGGAAUGUGGCCCCGAUUGACCCGCAACUAACCACACUGUCUUUGGUCGUUUCCAACGUUAUCCUGUCGCAUGAACGCUAGUUUUGCUUGAUUCCUACGCAUGCGAAUAAUGCAUCAUGUUGUGUGUGUAUGUGGACGACUUGGAUGCUAGUUUAUUUCUUUUGUAGGCUGUCAUGGUUGCUUCGUGGGAUGGCAUGAGAUCUAGCAAUCAUGGCAACAAUGUAUGGGUUGUGGAGUGAGUGGUUUUGGGAUGGCAUUGCCGUGAAGCUCAGUCCAAUGCCCAUCUUUUUAUCUUCGACUUUGUAUCCAAACAGAUCAAGUAGAGUCAAAAUAAUUAAAAGGAGAAGAAGAAUAAUCAAAGCAGCAUAUUGAAUGUCA